AUGUCAGACUUAUGCUUCUGUCUACGUAAGACUUUGGCUUUGGAGAACGCAGAAGUUCGCAAGCUCUUCCAAAAAGUAGGUAUAUCACCAGAGACGCGUUUGUCCUUGCACAGUUUACUAGUGGAUGCAGGAUUGGAAUAUGAAGAAAUUCCAAGUGAUAUUGAUCAGUCAGAUAUUGAUCAGUCAGAUAUUGAUCAGUCAGAUAUUGAUCAGUCAGAUAUUGAUCAGUCAGAUAUUGAUCAGUCAGAUAUUGACGGAAAUGUAGAUCAGUCAGAUAUUAAUAGAGAAAUCAGCAACACGUGUCACCCUCUGACAGUUAACACGUACCACCCUCUGACAGUUAACACGUGCCACCCUCUGACAAGCAACACGUGCCACCCUCUGACAGUUAACACGUACCACCCUCUGACAGUUAACACGUGCCACCCUCUGAUAGGCAACACGUACCACCCUCUGACAGUUAACACGUACCACCCUCUGACAGGCAACACGUACCACUUUCUGACAGUUAACACGUACCACCCUCUGACAGUUAACACGUACCACCCUCUAACAGUUAACACGUGCCACCCUCUGACAAGCAACACGUGCCACCCUCUGACAAGCAACACGUGCCACCCUCUGACAGUUAACACGUACCACCAUCUGACAGUUAACACGUACCACCCUCUGACAGUUAACACGUGCCACCCUCUGAAAAGCAACACGUGCCACCCUCUGACAAGCAACACGUGCCACCCUCUGACAGUUAACACGUACCACCCUCUGACAGUAAACACGUACCACUUUCUGACAGUUAACACGUACCACCCUCUGACAGUUAACACGAGCCACCCUCUGACAGUUAACACGUGCCACCCUCUGACAAGCAACACGUGCCACCCUCUGACAAGCAACACGUGCCACCCUCUGACAGUUAACACGUACCACCUUCUGACAAGCAACACGUACCACCCUCUGACAGUUAACACCAACACGUGCCACCCUCUGACAGUUAACACGUACCACCCUCUGACAGGCAACACGUACCACUUUCUGACAGUUAACACGUACCACCCUCUGACAGUUAACACGUACCACCCUCUAACAGUUAACACGUGCCACCCUCUGACAAGCAACACGUGCCACCCUCUGACAAGCAACACGUGCCACCCUCUGACAGUUAACACGUACCACCAUCUGACAGUUAACACGUACCACCCUCUGACAGUUAACACGUGCCACCCUCUGAAAAGCAACACGUGCCACCCUCUGACAAGCAACACGUGCCACCCUCUGACAGUUAACACGUACCACCCUCUGACAGUAAACACGUACCACUUUCUGACAGUUAACACGUACCACCCUCUGACAGUUAACACGAGCCACCCUCUGACAGUUAACACGUGCCACCCUCUGACAAGCAACACGUGCCACCCUCUGACAAGCAACACGUGCCACCCUCUGACAGUUAACACGUACCACCUUCUGACAAGCAACACGUACCACCCUCUGACAGUUAACACGUACCACCCUAUGACAGUUAACACGUACCACCCUCUGACAAAGUCAACAAAACAAUGUGAUGAAGACUUCCGCGGACACAGUCGUUCUGAGAUAGAAUGUUCUAAACUAGCUUACAGUGUCAACAAGGUCGGAUUUAAUAAGAACACACAAGAGGACACACAAGAGAACACACAAGAGAACACACAAGAGGACACACAAGAGAACACACAAGAGAGCACACAAGAGAACAAACAAGAGAGCACACAAGAGGACACACAAGAGAACACACAAGAAAACACACAAGAGAGCACACAAGAGAACACACAAGAGAACACACAAGAGGACACACAAGAGAACACACAAGAGAGCACACAAGAGGACACACAAGAGAGCACACAAGAGAGCACACAAGAGAACAAACAAGAGGACACACAAGAGGACACACAAGAGGACACACAAGAGAACACACAAGAGAACACACAAGAGAACACACAAGAGAACACACAAGAGGACACACAAGAGAGCACACAAGAGAGCACACAAGAGAACACACAAGAGAGCACACAAGACAGCACACAAGAGAACACACAAGAGAACACACAAGAGAGCACACAAGAGAAAUCACAAGAGAGCACACAAGAGGACACACAAGAGAGCACACAAGAGAAAUCACAAGAGAGCACACAAGAGAGCACACAAGAGGACACACAAGAGAACACUCAAGAGGGCACACAAGAGGACACACAAGAGAACACACAAGAGAACACACAAGAGAGCACACAAGAGAGCACACAAGAGAUCACACAAGAGUACACACAAGAGAGCACACAAGAGAACACACAAGAGAGCACACAAGAGGACACACAAGAGAACACUCAAGAGGGCACACAAGAGGACACACAAGAGAACACACAAGAGAACACACAAGAGAGCACACAAGAGGACACACAAGAGAACACACAAGAGGGCACACAAGAGGACACACAUAAGAACACACAAGAGAGCACACAAGAGAGCACACAAGAGAACACACAAGAGGACACACAAGAGAGCACACAAGAGGACACACAAGAGAACACGCAAGAGGGCACACAAGAGGACACACAAGAGAGCACACAAGAGAACACACAAGAGGACACACAAGAGAGCACACAAGAGAACACACAAGAGAGCACACAAGAGGACACACAAGAGAACACACAAGAGGGCACACAAGAGGACACACAAGAGAACACACAAGAGAACACACAAGAGAGCACACAAGAGAGCACACAAUAG